UCGAUGAGGAGUACGUUAGUCUGCCAGUAGAUGGUUAAAAGUUGUAUAAUGGAGAACUCCCAUAAUGCACUGCAUCGUGUCAACUGACAUUGUCAAACGUGUUGGGGGCAGAGGGAGCUGCAUUAUAAAUAAUACCACGGAUAAAAUUAUUAGGUUGUAAAUGCUGGCGGAGAGUUUGUGCGCAUCAUGAGUGGCAUGAGGACUAUAUUGACCUCGCUAACCUUGGUCGGGGCUGUCGGGGCUAGUUACGGUAUGUGGGCCAUAAUUGUACCUGGAGAAGAGAAGAAAAGGGAACUAUUGAAGAAUCUGCCGGAGUCUAACCCUGCCCGUAUGGAGGAGAGCAGGAGGAGAAAUGCCCUCACGCUUCAGGCUCUCAAGGAUGCUGCAGAGACCAAAGAAAAUCUUGCACGUGGAUAUGGGGGACAAAAAUGAAGAAUGCGUUGUGCACAAAAAUCAGACUCUUAAGGUUCGUCUGUGAAUCUGCAGGAGGACAAAGCAGACUUAUUUAAAACAACUUAUCAAUAAACUUAUUGUUUGCACACGCAUCUUGUCAGAUUUAAGAUGGUUGUAAAUAAACUAAACUAUGAGUAAAUAAAAACCAACUUCCUUGGAAACAG